UGUGCCAUGGGAGGUCAUCUCCGGGUACAGCUGGGGUUCGGCAGCCCUAGCGUAUCUGUACAGGAGACUUUGUGAAGCUUCACGGAAGAACGUGAAGGAGAUCGCUGGGCCCCUGAUUAUUCUACAGCUUUGGGCAUGGGAGCAUGUUCUCAUUGGUCAACCGAUGAGGAGUGUGGGACGUGGUGCAUUUGCGCCACCACUGCUUCCUCCCCCGCAUGUGCCAUAUGGAUCGCGGUGGUCCUUUGAAAGACGAACAAGGACCCACACUGGAUCGGGCGUGGGAUUCUACCGCGAUCAACUCGAUCUAUUACGUGCUGACCAGUUUCUAUGGGACCCUUACCCCCCUGAGGCAUACGCUGCAUUGCCUCAGCACUCGGGCAUAUUGUCAGGGGCGUGGAGAGCAUCUGUACCUCUAAUCUGCUUCGACAUAGUCGAAGUGCAUCUCCCUGAGCGCGUACUGCGCCAAUUUGGGAUGGUACAGGGCAUCCCGCCUCCAUGUGAUACAGAAGCGGAGCUCCACCACUCUCGCAAGGGUCAGGAACCCAAGAAUUGGCUAGAGGUCAACUGGCGCCAUGUCGCUCGUUGGGAGCACAGGCUAGAGCUGCUGGCCCAAGGUGCGUCGAUCGACGCUGCAGGCGCACCUACUACGGCGGAUUACAUACCGUGGUUCCUCUCCAUUACUCGUCGAUGGAUGACACCACGAGGUAUCAUGGCGGCAUCCCAGUACACUCCCGCAGCACCGACGAUGACACACUUUGCACAGGGCAUUGCAUCAGUCAUCAGCUCCUCCCAAGAGGAGCCCGUAUGGGAGAUUGCCCAAGGCAUACUCCGAGGGACGCAGUUUCAACAAUUCAUUCCGGAAUUGACUGCGCCCGACACCACUAUGUACGAGUGCGGUUCAUCUUCUCAUCAUGCCGACGACGUUCAUCUUGAGGAGGUUGACUUAACGUGCCCGGACUACGGUGCCGGGUCCUCACAGGGUGCCACAUCAUCACACUAUCAAUCCCCUCCCCUACCCGAGCGUCAUGCGACUGCAUCUUACUAUCGUAGGAGGCGUCGUAAACCGUUACAAUUAGACAAGGUACAGGAGGAGGAUUAGCAUUACAAUAAUUUUUGUAUAUUUUGAAGAUUAGUGACAUUUUGUAUAUAUUCAACACUUGUACAUGUUUAGAAUUUGUAACAUAUUGACUUUUGUGUAUACUUUGUAAUAUAUGUGUACAUGUAUAUAUUUUAAUCGUAUUAGCAAACGUACAUCGUUGCCUUGAUGUUAAGUACUCAGACUUUUCGGCGAUGAAUCAUUCCGCCAAGAAUGUAGUAUGAAUUUAAUACAAUGUCGCUCCAAUCUGUAUUAAUCUCAACUUCAUAACCACAAUCACAAAGCUCUUCAAUACAAUGCUCCUUUGACAUCUACAUAAUACAUAUAAUAUAGUAACGUAAAUGAACUUUUAAAAAUUAUAUUAACAUAUAAAAAUUAAAAGUAAAACUAAUAUAAUACAUAAUGUUACCUUUAGAAAUUAAGAGAAGAAGAAUGAUGUAGAAUUGAUAUAAUGAAGUAUGGGAAAUGAAGGAGCUAUUUAUAGAACAUCAUUACAACGGCUAUUUUCAAGUUCCUAACGGCUAUUUUU